AAGACGGGCUGAUUUGACAAGCUACGGACAGACGGUCAGAAGCAAAAAUGAGGGGUGUUGAACUUUGACUUGGAGGGAGGUUUCGUCCAUCCAUGCAAUUUCGACUGCCAAACGCAAGGAACAAGGAACAAACAAACAAUAGAGUUCGGUCCACUUGUCCUCACAACCUCGAAUACUUUGCUUUACUUUCUUUGGUGGUGAGAAAAUGAACGACUACGUGCAGUUUGCUCGCAACUUGUUGUGCUGUGUAAAGGACUUGGAGGUGGGCCCCAGGUUCCUGUACGACCACAAUGUGACGGCUCAAUACUACGAGUUCCCUCCUCCCCUCGACAAGACAACUCCCUUGGAGUUCUUCAUUUCCUGGCUUCAGCUAUACCCCUUUAUCUUUCUAUCCAAAGCCGGAUUGUCCAUGAUAUUCAAUGGCAUUAAAACGGUCAAUCGAGUCCAAAAAUUGCUCGAAAAUCGUCCCAAAAAAGUGUCCAGCAGUCCUAUUGAAAAGAAUGAUGAAAUUGCAUCACGAUUGGUGACAGCCCGGUUGGUCCAGGACGGAAAGGCUGCCAUCAAGGAGAUGAUCAUUGGUGUUCAGUGUUUCUUUAUUGGUUUAGCCUUCUUUUGGCUUUUUUCAAAUUCCUGGCAUGUCACGGAAACACCGUGGAUUGGAGGGGUAUAUGGUCUCAUUCAUGCUCUGACUGUCAUGGAGAUUUGUUUGGCAGUCCUGUUGUACUACAUGAUUGCCGAUGGACUGGAAAAGCUGCGAUCCGCAAAUUCCAUGUUAGAAUUGGCAGAUACACUCAAAUUCAAGGAAACAAUGACCACACCACCAAUGAACUUGAUAACCUACCAAUUCAUGAGCCAAUGGAGUCCAUUUUGGAAGGAACGCGAUGGCGAUGAAAAGGAUAUCAAGCAAGAGACUGACCAAGUACAGCGUACUUUGCAAAUCUAUCGUGGUGGAAAAGAUGAUGGAGAAAAAGAAGACAAAAUCCGCCAAACAGCCCUCAAGGAUAUUGUGGAGCGACUUCGACAGGAAGCUCACACAACCAAGAUGGAAGGAUACCGAGAAUUCAUCUUUUUCGUACUGAACUUUAUAGCCUUUUAUGGGUACCUCAUGGGAGUUAUUGUAUUCUACUUUGACGACGAAGAAAAUGAACCAGGAUGGAUGAAAUACUUCAAGUUUUACCACACUCAUGAAAUGGCAGAUUGGCAUGGAAACUUCGCCGGCGACUUGAUGUGGACGAUUGAGCCCAUCGUGGUUCUUUCCAGCCCCAUGAUCUUCCGUGCAUUGGCGCCCAAGCCCUCUGAGUCCAAAGAAAAGGCAGACUAAAAUGCCAGCAUUCAACGGGGUUUGUGAAAGUAGUGGUAGUUUUGUGUGGAGGAUUGGACACUAGGUCGGUGCUAUAGUUGAUUAGGUUUGCUUAUUCAGGAACAUUCGUUUUCUCUACUACUGUAUCCUGGAGGUUGAUGCGAUGACUCGUUCAGAAUGAAUCGAAUCGGGGCAAGCUCGCACAGCGUAAGAGUGCAUGGGACUUGCAGAAGCCCACAAGAGACAAUUCGAGCUAGCUAGUGCAAGUGGCAACUGCGACGAACUAUCGUAGACACAGGUGUCGACGACGCACAGCUGCUAAACUACCGGUACUGGAAGCACAGUCUGGUCACCGUAUCGGUACGGUACUGUACUGUAGCAUAUCUUCCCUCCCGUCAACCGAAGCAAAAGAGCAGCAACUAGAAUCUAUCGUUUGUAUUUUGUUUUCUUUAAAAAUUAUGUUUAUCUUUCUA